UGAGAAGAGAUCAUAAAUAUCUUGGCCCAAUGCCCUAGCAGCCAUAACAAGGAAAAGAACAUACUCGCAGGAAGAUAACGUUUGGGAUAUUUAAAUGUGUGGGUUAAAUUUUUAUCCACGCUAAUAACUGGAUAUAUUUUUUUUUCUUCAGACUCCUUCCUAUUUCUUUGCUAUUUCUGCCCCGAAGCUGCAGAUACAAGGAACUCUACAGGCAAAAAUCGGCCAGAGCCUGCUGCCGGAUAACCUUUUAAGGACUGCUUCAUUGCACAGUACCUGGGUGGCUGUUCCUUCUCCGAAAUGGCAGGUGUGAGUGGCUGCUUAAAAUAUUCCAUGUUUUUCUUCAACUUCUUGUUCUGGAUAUGUGGUACGUUGAUCCUGGCACUAGCGAUAUGGGUGAGAGUCAGCAAGGACGGCAAAGAGAUUGUCGCUUCUGGAGAAGCUGGCAUGAACCCCUUCGUUGCUGUAAAUAUCUUGAUCGCGGUGGGAGCCAUCAUCAUGGUCCUGGGCUUCCUGGGAUGCUGCGGUGCCGUGAAAGAAAGCCGCUGCAUGCUUCUCUUGUUUUUUAUCGGCUUGCUCCUGAUUCUGUUUUUGCAAGUGGCAGCAGGUAUCCUGGGGGCUACUUUCAAAUCUGAGUCUAGCCGCCUUCUGAAUGAAACGCUCCAUGAAAAUGCAAAACUUUUGACUCAAUCGACUGACGACGCAAAAAAAUUCCAGGAGGCCAUGGUUUCAUUUCAAGCAGAGUUUAAAUGCUGUGGCUUGGUCAACGGAGCUGAAGAUUGGGGAAGUAAUUUUAAAUAUGCUCAAGAGUCAUGCAAAUGUACUAAUGUGACAGAAUCUCAGUGUUCUUAUUAUAAUGGAAUUAAGGUUAACAAACAGCCCUGUCUUGAUCUGAUAAAAGAUCUGGUUGAAAAGAACAUUAUCAUAGUCAUUGGAGUUGCUUUCGGACUGGCAGUUAUUGAGAUUCUUGGUUUGGUGUUUUCUAUGGUGCUGUACUGCCAGAUUGGGAGCAAAUGAAUCUGCAGAUUUACCAAGUAAUCCUAAACACCGUUUAAGUUUUUGCUUUGGCUUUGUAACUUUAUAUAAGCGAGUACUGUAAAUACCAGGAGCAAAUGUCUUAUUAAAAUGUCUUGCCUAGGCUCACUACAGAUAUUUUCACACAUACUCAGCAUAUUUAAAUGUGAGGGACAGAAAAAAAAUGAAUGUGUAUUUUUUUCACACAAUAAAAAGUGUUUACGUUGAU